AUGAAGUGGAGCGUCCGCGGGGCCUGCGCCGCGCUUUCCUCCAGCCUGCUGCUCGCCUGCGCGCUCAGCGCCGCCGCCGUCGGCCUCAAGUGCUUCUCUCUGGGCUCUGAGCUGCGCGGGGAGCCUUUCCGGCUAGGGGCGGCCGCCGGUGCCUUUUACUCCGGGCUGCUGUUGGCCGCCGGCCUCUCGCUGCUCGGCGCCGCCCUGCUGUGCUGCGGGCCCCGGGAGGCGCCCCUCGCCGGGUCAGGGGCCGGGUCGGGCCCCGGACUCGGGGUCCCCGCAUCUCCAACGGGCGCUCCGGAGCCCUCUCCUGGAGAGACGCGGGCGGCUGCCGGGCCCUCGGGGAGGGUGAACAGCCAGAACCUGCUGCUCCUCGGCGUCCUGGUCUUCAUGCUCGGGGUUCUCAGCGCCUUUGCGGGAGCAGUGAUCGACGGCGACACAGUGUCCCUGGUGGAACGCAAGUACUCCCACUAUUGCCUGCCCCCGCGCGCGCCGGCCGCUGUCCCCGGCUCGGCCCCUGGCCCUGCAGCCCCGGGCUCCAGCACGCCGCGCGCCCGCAGCACCCUGGACAGCGCCACAUCCGCCAAAUGCCGCCAGCUGAAGGACUACCAGCGCGGCCUGGUGCUCUCCACUGUAUUCAACUCGCUCGAGUGCCUGUUGGGCCUGCUCAGCCUUCUGCUGGUCAAGAACUACAAGUCUUCGCAGGCCCGGCGCGGCCGGCGCGGCCGGCGGAGGGCGAGCCGGUCUUUGGCACGGCCGCGGGGCGGACCCGGGCUCCGCGCUCAGUCGCUGGCCUCUCGGACCCGGCGCGGCCGCCGGGGCAAAAGGGGGCGGCGGCUGCAGCCACGACCCAGCGAGGCCUCCAUCCUGUCCCCGGAGGAGUCCGACUUCAACACCCCAGGAGACUGCGCGAGCUUCGCGGCGCACCACGCUGUGUCCUACAUCAACGUGGGCGUCUUCCAUGCGUUUGACGAGGCGGGCGUGGAGGUGUGCUGUGGCGGGCACCCGUCGGUGGAGCUGCCGGGGUACGCGCCCUCGGACCCCGAUCUCAACGCCUCCUACCCCUAUUGCUGUCGGCCGCCCUGUGAGAUGGCGCGCCCUUGGGAGCCUAGUCGGGCCUGUUGA